AUGGAGAGCAUGCCGAAACUACCUAAAGUGACCUACACGGGCUCGUUCAAGUCCGUCGUCGCAGGCACUCCUGGAAGUGUUUGGAAGACGGACGAGGACAAACCAUCAUACGUCGAUGGUCGGCUGAUCGGUCGUUCCAAAGUACUCGAAUUUUGCUUGGUGCGCCCAGGCUGCUGGUGCAAGAUACCACCGCCGUGUGUGGGGCUGUGCGCUCCGUUCAUCGCGUGCGGCAGCACGUGCCGCACCACGUGUGGUUCUGUAUGCGGUUCAGUAUGCGGUCCCUGCUUCAAGCUGCCCGGGAUGUGCAAGACCGAAUGUGGCAAGGUCUGCGGUCCAGUAUGCGGUCCCUGCUUCAAGCUGCCCGGGAUGUGCAGGACCGAAUGUGGCAAGGUCUGCGGUCCAGUAUGCGGUCCCUGCUUCAAGCUGCCCGGGAUGUGCAGGACCGAAUGCGGCAAGGUCUGCGGUCCAGUAUGCGGUCCCUGCUUCAAGCUGCCCGGGAUGUGCAGGACCGAAUGUGGCAAGGUCUGCGGUCCGGUAUGCGGUCCCUGCUUCAAGCUGCCCGGGAUGUGCAGGACCGAAUGCGGCAAGGUCUGCGGUCCAGUAUGCGGUCCCUGCUUCAAGCUGCCCGGGAUGUGCAAGACCGAAUGUGGCAAGGUCUGCGGUCCAGUAUGCGGUCCCUGCUUCAAGCUGCCCGGGAUGUGCAGGACUGAAUGUGGCAAGGUCUGCAACCCUAUCUGUAACCCAAUCUGCUCGUUUGGGAAGUCUUGUUGGGCCGGAUGCUGGGGCGGAUGCGGUAAGGUCUGCGAGCCUAUCUGUACACCCUGCCGCUCGUUUGGGAAGUCUUGUUGGCUUGCCCUAGUUCCAUUUAUGUGCUGUGUGUGCUGCACGUGCCACCCCCGCAAGCCGUCGAUCGAAGUUGAGGGCGACAAACGGCUGCAAGUCGGAUACCCGUGCCAUAUUGAAGCUUGCUGGUACUGUGGUGGCUGCUCCCUUGACGUGACAUUCCUAUGGGACCUUUGCGGCUGUCUUGGACCUACAUCGGAUCUCAUGCAAAAUGGGCAUUUCGAACCACGAGAGCUGCACAAUUCCAAGUGGGCCGCUAAGAUUCCUGAAGCUAAGCGAUCGGUGCCGAAGCUAACCGCUGCGCCCGCGGCGCAAACCAUGGACGCCAACACGGCGUGA